UUCCCAUUUCUAUCAAAGCUAAAAAUACACCUAAAAAUACACACAGGAGAAAAGCUUUACUCCUGCUCUGAAUGUGGAAAAUGCUUCAAAACAUCAACUGCGCUAAAAGUUCAUCUUGGAACACACAGAGGAGAGAAGCGUUUCUCCCGCUCUGACUGUGGAAAGAGUUUCUCUCAUCGGGACACCUUAAAACGACAUGAACGUACACACAAAGGAGAGAAGCCUUACUCCUGCUCUGACUGUGGAAAGAGUUUUACUCGACCAAGCCACCUAAAACAACAUGAACAUAUACACACAGGAGAGAAGCCUUACUCCUGCUCUGACUGCGGGGCGAGUUUCUCUCGCCGGAACACCUUAAAUCGUCAUGAACAUAUACACACAGGAGAGAAGCCUUACUCCUGCUCUGACUGCGGGGCGAGUUUCUCUCGCCGGAACACCUUAAAUCGUCAUGAACAUAUACACACAGGAGAGAAGCCUUACUCCUGCUCUGACUGCGGGGCGAGUUUCUCUCAUCGGAAAACUUUAAAAUGUCAUGAACAUAUACACACAGGAGAGAAGCCUUACUCCUGCUCUGACUGUGGAAAGAGUUUCUCUCGACCAAGCCACCUAAAACAACAUGAACGUAUACACACAGGAGAGAAGCCUUACUCCUGCUCUGACUGUGGAAAGAGUUUCUCUCAACGGGGCACCUUAAAACACCAUGAACGUAUACACAAAGGAGAGAAGCCUUACUCCUGCUCUGACUGUGGGGCGAGUUUCUCUCAACUGGGCACCUUAAAACAACAUGAACGUAUACACACAGGAGAGAAGCCUUACUUCUGCUCUGACUGUGGAAAGAGUUUCUCUCAACUGGGUACCUUAAAACAACAUGAACGUAUACACACAGGAGAGAAGCCUUACUCCUGCUCUGACUGUGGUAAGAGUUUCUCUCGACCGUGCACCUUACAAAAACAUAAACGUAUACACACAGGAGAGAAACCUUACUCCUGCUAUGACUGUGGGGCGAGUUUCUCUCGUCCGGACACCUUAAAACAACAUGAUUGUAUACACACAGGAGAGAAGCCUUACUCCUGCUCUGACUGUGUAAAAUGCUUCAAAACAUCAACUGAGCUAAAAGUUCAUCAGAGAACACACACAGGAGAGAAGCCUUACUCCUGCUCUGACUGUGGAAAGAGUUUCUCUCAACCGGGCACCUUAAAACAACAUGAACGUAUACACACAGGAGAGAAGCCUUACUCCUUUUCUGACUGUAGGGCAAGUUUCUCUCGUCCGGACACCUUAAAACGAUCUGAACAUAUACACACACUGGAGAGAAGCCUUACUCCUGCUCUGACUGUGGAAAGUGUUUCUCUUGAAUGUGCCAUUUAAAAAGACACCAAGGGAAACACAAGAGAGGAGCCUUACCACUGAUCUGACUAUAGAAAAUGUUAAACACCAGCUGAGCUUAAAGGUCAUUAGAGAAAAGACAAAGGAGAUAAGCCUUCUGCUCUCAAUGUGGUAAGAGUUUUUCCCAGUUGGGCAAUGUAAAAACACACCAACGGAUACACACUUGAGAGAAACCUUAUCACUGCACUGACUGUGGGAAGAGAUUCUACAGAUUGGGCCAUUUAAAAAGACAUCAAUGUAUACAUAAAGGAGAGAAGCCUCAUCAGUUCUCUCAGACCAGCUAAGAUUAGACACUCCACUUAAUUCUCAUG